AUGAAUGAAGCUUCCGUUUCGCAGGAGUGCAUCUCCGCCUACAACGAGCUCAAGCUCGAGAAGAAGCACAAGUUCAUCAUCUACAAGCUGUCGGACGACUACAAGGAGAUCGUUGUCGAGGAGGCUUCGUCCGACAAGGACUGGGACAACUUCCGUGAGAAGCUUGUCAACGCCACCUCCAAGAGCAAGAGCGGUACUGUCGGCAAGGGCCCCCGCUACGCCGUUUACGACUUUGAGUACAACCUCGCCUCUGGCGACGGUGUCCGCAACAAGAUCACCUUCAUCGCCUGGUCUCCCGAUGAUGCCGGUGUUCAGCCCAAGAUGAUCUACGCCUCUUCCAAGGAGGCCCUCAAGCGCUCUCUCACCGGUAUCGCCACCGAGCUCCAGGCCAACGACUCCGAAGACAUUGAGUACGACACGAUCCUCAAGGUCGUCAGCAAGGGUCUCGCCGGUUAA